AUGUUUAACCUGGUCCCCCGGCGAAUCCUGCUGGGGGUGGCUGUGGUGUUUAUACUCUGCUCCUACUUCCUCUUGAAGGAGAGGCUGGGCGCGUUGAGCACUACCGGGCCCGGUGAAUCAUUUCGAGAUGCCGUCGAACCUGACGGCGAGAUGCUGUCGGAUCGCAACCUUGCAAAGAACGGCGGACUCCUCGACGAGGUCAUCUGGCUUCAACGAACCCAGGACCAGGCUGACCCGGCUUUCCUCGACAAGCUUAUUGACUCUGAGCAGACUACUCGCGGGCUGACGUGGAACGCAGCGACGGCAACUACGCGAGCGCAUACGACGGGAUUGAGGAUGAUGUUUUACGUUGCGCGGGCGUGGUACUCAUCCAGCAUCAAGGUGUACACCGAAGACACGACAAUCUUGUCCAUGGUGCACUUGCGAGCGACACGGCCAGACUACUUGGUCGUCGGGGUCAAGACCAUCAACCAGCCCCGGAGCAGUUGGUUGCACUGGGGCCUGGGCGUCGUGCGGCCAUACAUGCCCGAAACCGGGGCAUUCUACCCAAAGGACGACGAGAUGCAGGGCCAUGACCAACCGGUCAACUGA